AUGACCACCGAGACCGUCGGCCUAGCUCCCCAGCCCCAGCCCUCCAUCUUGGAGGAGUACUCGAAUGGCGUCGCCCCCAAGUACAACCCCCAUGACCACUUGAGCGACAGGUCCAAGGUCACAGAGGUGGAUGGCAUCCGUGGAUUAAUGAGCCUCGAAAAGGGCGACGUCGUGUCUUUCUAUAGCGCUGGUCGACCCAACCCCGUCACCUUCCCCUUCGAAUCCAUCACCCUCAAUCUCAAGUCCCCUCUGGGCUCCACCUCCACCGACAUCCCUCCCUCUGUCACCAUCGACGGUGAAGACCUCAAUGUCGCACUGCAAUACGCUCCCUCCGCAGGUCUUCCCAAGCUCACCUCUUGGCUCUCCGACCUCCAGUCCACCGUCCACAAGCGCGACAAGUCCGACUUUGCCAUCUCUCUCGGCAGCGGCUCGCAAGACUUGAUGUACAAGGGCUUCCUCGCCGUGCUCAACCCGGGCGACCCUGUCUUGCUCGAGACCCCGAUCUACUCGGGAGUGCUGCCGCCAUUGAAGUUUUUGCGUGCCGAGAUGAUUGAGAUUGAUGUGGAUGAGCAGGGAGGGUCGGCGGUCAAUUUGGAGAAGGCUUUGAGCGAGUGGCCGAAGGGGAAGAAGAUGCCCAAGGUACUUUACUCUUCGCCUGUUGGUUCCAACCCUUCGGGAUGCUCUGCGCCCAGAGAGAGGAAGCUGGAGAUCUUGAAGGUCUGCAAGAAGUAUGGUAUCUUGAUCUUUGAGGACGAUCCUUACUACUACCUUGCCGAAAAGCACAUUCCCAGUUACUUUGCCCUCGAGACUGAAGUCUACCCCGAAGGCGGCCAUGUUGUCCGAUUCGACUCUUUCUCCAAGCUCCUCUCUGCCGGUCUCCGUCUCGGUUUCGUUACCGGUCCCAAGGAGAUCACCCACGCCAUCGACGUCAUCACCGCCGGCGCCAACCUCCACACCAGUGGUGUCUCCCAAGCGGUCGCCCUCCGCCUCAUGCAAGAAUGGGGCCUCGAAGGUUUCCUCAACCACGGCCGCCAAGUCGCCCACCUCUACGCUACCCGCCGUGCUCAAUUUGAAGCUUCCGCGCACAAGUACCUGGACGGGCUGGCGUCGUGGGUGUCGCCUGUGGCUGGAAUGUUCCUCUGGGUGGAUUUGAGUGAGGCGGGGAUUGAGGAUUCGUACGAGUUGAUUAGGCAUGAGGCUUUGGCGAAGGGUGUGCUUGGUGUACCCGGUGUUGCUUUCUACCCCCACGGCCGAAAGUCUCCACACGUCCGACUGUCCUUCUCCAUUGUCGACCUCGAGCAGGACACCGAUCUCGGCUUCCAAAGACUCGCGGAGGCUAUCAGGGAGAAGCAAGCCACGCUUGGUAUCAAGGCUUGA